GUCCGGGCUGUGUGCAAGCACUUCUCCACCCAGGUGAACUCCUCGUCCCUCAGCUCCCCACCGGGGCGAGGCUCCAUGGCUGCCCCCUCACUGCACCCCGCUCUGGGACCUGGCAUCGGCUCCUCGCUGGGCUCCCCGGGGCAGCUGCACUCGCCCAUCAGCACCCUGAGCUCGCCCAUCAACGGCAUGGGCCCGCCCUUUUCGGUCAUCAGCUCCCCCAUGGGCCACUCCAUGUCGGUGCCCACCACGCCCACCCUGGGCUUUGGCACGGGCAGCCCCCAGCUCAGCUCGCCCAUGAACCCAGCCAGCGGCAGCGAGGACGUCAAGCCCCCCCUGGGCCUCAAUGGCGUCCUCAAGGUCCCCGCCCACCCCUCAGGAAACAUGGCGUCCUUCACCAAGCACAUCUGCGCCAUCUGCGGGGACCGCUCCUCAGGCAAGCACUACGGGGUGUACAGCUGCGAGGGCUGCAAGGGCUUCUUCAAGCGGACCGUGCGCAAGGACCUGACCUACACCUGCCGCGACAACAAGGACUGCUUGAUUGACAAGCGACAGCGGAACCGGUGCCAGUACUGCCGCUACCAGAAGUGCCUGGCCAUGGGCAUGAAGCGGGAAGCUGUGCAGGAGGAGCGGCAGCGCGGCAAGGAGCGGAGCGAGAACGAGGUGGAGUCCACGAGCAGCGCCAGCGAGGACAUGCCGGUGGAGAAGAUCCUGGAGGCAGAGCUGGCCGUGGAGCCCAAGACCGGGGCCUGCGUGGAGGCGAACACGGGGCUGCACCCCAGCUCGCCCAACGACCCCGUCACCAACAUCUGCCAGGCAGCCGACAAGCAGCUCUUCACCCUCGUGGAGUGGGCCAAGCGCAUCCCGCACUUCUCUGAGCUGCCCCUGGACGACCAGGUCAUCCUCCUGCGGGCCGGCUGGAACGAGCUGCUCAUCGCCUCCUUCUCGCACCGGUCCAUCGCCGUGAAGGACGGGAUCCUCCUCACCACCGGGCUGCACGUGCACAGGAACAGCGCCCACAGCGCAGGGGUGGGCGCCAUCUUUGACAGGGUGCUGACGGAGCUCGUAUCCAAGAUGCGGGACAUGCAGAUGGACAAGACGGAGCUGGGCUGCCUGCGCGCCAUCGUCCUCUUCAACCCUGACUCCAAGGGGCUCUCGAACCCGGCCGAGGUGGAGGCCCUGCGGGAGAAGGUGUAUGCGUCCUUGGAGGCCUAUUGCAAGCACAAGUACCCCGAGCAGCCGGGAAGGUUCGCCAAGCUCCUGCUCCGUCUGCCUGCUCUGCGCUCCAUUGGGCUCAAGUGCCUGGAACAUCUCUUCUUCUUCAAGCUCAUCGGGGACACGCCCAUCGACACCUUCCUCAUGGAGAUGCUGGAAGCCCCGCACCAGAUGACUUAGGCCCGCUGGCCCGUCCUUCCCGCCCACCCGGUCUGGCCGCCCUGCCUGGACGCCAGCUGCUCUUCUCAGCCUGAGCCCUGUCCCUACCCUUCUCCGCCUGGCCUGUGUGGACCUUCGGGUGCAGCCCGUCACUGCUCUGCCUGAGAGAUGUGCUGUCAUCUUCCUCAUUGUUAUUAUGACUUGUCUUUGGUCCAGGGCAGUGGCCUUCCCGAGGCAGCAGCCAGAGUGGCAAGAACUAGUGUGAGGCUCUCGGCCGCCUGCCAUCCCCCGGGGGGGCUCUUAGGGCCCGGCCCCUGGAGCUGCAGGAUCCGGGAAGGGAGGCUUUGUUUCGGUUGCUUUUGUUGCUGGUUUUGAGGCUCUCCCUGUGCAGCCCUCCUGUCUGGAGUGUCCAUCUUUGUCUGCUCUGAAUACUGGUGCCCGCCAGCCCGGGACAGCCCCCCAGGAUCAGGAGGUGGGGACAGGUGGGGCAGGCUGGUGUUUCAUGGCAGAAGACCCCACCCGCCCCGGGAAGACGAGAGGGGACUCCGGGGGCCAGCAGGCUUCCCUUUGCUCAGAGCAAAGGGGGAGCAGCCCCUUUUUCCAAAGAUGACUCUCGAUUUUGCCCUCGA